AUGGCUAGAGCGAAGAAGGUAGCUGCUCGGCCUCAUCCAACCGCUUCGGGGCUUGAAGACUCUUCAACUGCAACUUCACCUUCUGCUCCUGGGGAAAUUGAAGCUCUUCCUCUAGCAAGUUCAACCCAGCAAGCUCCUACGGGUUCAAACCAGCAAGUUCCUGCUCCUGCAAGAGAUGAAGCUCCUGCGCAAGUUCCUACUAGUGCAACUCAAAGUGAUCAUUCUAAUUCGGUUAGUUCAGCAACUAUUAAGCGUAGUUUUGUUUGGGAACACUUUAAGGAGUAUGAUAAGGUUGUGAAGGGAAAAGAUGCUGAAGGGAAUGAUGUAGAUAUUGUUAAGAAACGAGCUUAUUGUAUUCACUGUCCUAGAGGAAAAAUAGGUGAUUUUGCAGCGGAUAGUUCUAGAAAUGGGACUUCGGGGAUGAUUAGGCAUAUUAAUCAAUUCUGCAGGUAUUAUCCCCCAAAUAUUAGUAAGAGUCAGAGGGUUCUUGUGGGAGAUAAAUCUCUAGGAAACAAACUUACUGCAGUAGCUUAUGAUCAAGAUGACUAUGUAGAUGCUUGCGUCGAAAUGAUUGUCAUGGAUGAGUUGCCUUUUAGCUUUGUUGAGAAAAAAGGUUUUAACCGGUUUUGUGGUAGAGUGUGCCCUUUGUUUAAAGUACCCUCUCGUAGGAAACUAGUUAGAAGGUUCCUAAGCAUAUAUGAUGCACAAAAAAAAGAACUAUCCAAAACUAUGAAGGAGUAUAGAGUGUGUCUCACAACGGACACUUGGACUAGUGUCCAAAACAUCAAUUAUAUGGUGCUUACUGCCCAUUUUAUUGAUGUUGAUUGGAAGAUGCACAAGAGGGUUAUAAAUUUUUGUGUUAUCCAAAACCAUCAAGGGGCAACCAUAGGUAGACUUAUAGAGUCUUGUUUGCUGCAGUGGGAGAUUGAGAAGGUCUUGACCAUAACUGUUGAUAAUGCAUCUGCAAAUAAGUCGGCUUUAGAGUGGCUUAGAUCAAAGAUGAAUAAGUGUUCAUCUUACAAAAUAGUUUUAGGUGGUAAAUACAUGCAUGUGAGGUGCACAGCUCACAUAACCAAUUUGAUAGUGGGACAUGGCUUGAAGAGGCUGCAAAAGAGUGUUUUAGCCAUUAGGAAUGCAGUCAAGUAUGUUAGGUCUUCACCUAAUAGACUAGAUAGCUUUAGGAAAGCUGUCGAGAAAGAAAAGCUUCCUCUUACAAGGCUGGUUUGUUUAGAUGUCCCAACUAGGUGGAAUUCAACUUAUCUAAUGUUAGAGGCAGCCUUGAAGUUUAAGAAGGCUUUUGCAAGGAUGGAGGAAGAUGAUGAUGAGCUUUAUCUAGGUUAUUUCAAGGAACCAGAGGAGGAAUAUGAUGAGGAAGGCAAUGUCGUUCCUAGUAGGAACAAAAGAAACAGAGUUGGGCCUCCGGAGGAACCAGAUUGGGACAAGGCUGAGGUUUUUGUUGAUUUGCUUAGAGUAUUUUAUGAUGUGACCCUUAGAGUUAGUGCAAGCUUGCAUCCAACUGUGCAUACAACAUUCCAUGAUGUUGUUACCAUGGAGAGAAACAUAGAAAACCUCUUCAUUGCACCCGAGAUGGCAACUGGUUCCGACACUGAAAAUGUAUUAACUGAUAUGGUUGCAAAUAUGAGAAGCAAAUUCUUGAAGUACUAUGGUGGCUUUACAGACCUGAACCACUUGGUUAUUGUUGGACUUGUGCAAGAUGCAAGAUUCAAGCUUAGGAAUUAUUCACAUUUUUUGAAGGAAGAGGGUAUGGAUGAUGUCGAUGUGCAAAUAUGCACCGAUCGUAGAUGGUGGGAGACAUAUGCAGAGACAUCAAAGCCCUACAAGUUCAGGCAGCACAAUCACAAAUAG